AUGGAACUCGACUUCACAACACCACAAGAAGAAAUACUCCGCCGAAGAAAAAGAGUCUCACGCAAUGAGGAGACCACUCUCGUUAAUGCACUUGUCUUCCUCAUAGUCAAGUUGGGUUUUAAUGUUAAAAUUAAGAAGACUAAGAAGACCGUCCACACGGUCAAAAUGCUGAUCAUAGAAGAGAUGGUCCAUAGAGAAUCUGGUAAAGCACUCAAGCAAGAAGAUGUUGCUCGAUACUCACAAUUCCUUCUUAAAGAACUCGGACACCCACACAUGGAGGAGGCUGGAAUGACUCUGAAACAACUCAAAAGAUCAAGAGAAGCCGAAUUGAAUAAUGCUCUGAUAUACUUCUUGAAGAGGGUGGGAUUUUCCUUUGAAGAGAAAAAAACAAAGAAGUCCAAAUGCACAGAAAAGUUGGUCAGGUUGAACAGUUUGACUUAUGGGGACAUUGUUUUCAACAAGGAACUCUUGGCUCAAAUUGGGGAAUUCAUCGAAGAUGUUGUUCGACAAGAGAUGAGUUCGGGCUAUGUUGAAAUCACAGAGAUUUUAUUGAAGAAGUAUGACUCUAUCAAGAUCCCAAAAGUGUCUUUUAAUGAAGUGUUGUCUAUGAAACUUCCGGAACACCCAAAAAGCACACCCAAAAGUAUUCCAAAAAUCGAAAAUAUAAAACAAAAACCAACUAAACCAAAGAAAAUCAAAAAAGAAGAACAAAUCAUCAAACAAGAACCAAAAGAACAAAACCCAGAGAUUACUCAAGAUCAAGUCACUUCAAUUUGCAGCUUCGAUCAACAACAACCACAACAACACUUCCAACCAGUCUGUUUGGACCAAAAUUUUUAUUACCAAAUGGGGCAAAAUACUCAACAAACUGAAGAACCAAUCUACUACAUCGGACCAAACCCUAUGUUCCAGAAUUGCGUACCUGUACAGUCUUAUUCUUACGACUUCAAUCAGGUCGAACUCUCCGUCGAUUCGUUGGGUCAGACCGGAAGCAUAGGAUUCCAAGACGACUUGUCGUAUAAACCAUCUCUGGCCUGCAAUUAUAUGGAAAGUGGUUUUGGUUUCACCCAGAAUUAUUAUAUCUAA